AUGACACAGCCUGGCCAUUUCUACCUUCUGAGGGUGCAUUGCACCUCGCUCCUCCUCCUCCUUCUGGGGCUGCUGUUGGCCCUGCCAUCUGUGACUCAGGGGCUCCCUAGGGUUGACCUCACACCCUCAGCUGUUCAGACUGCCCAGAAGCACCCCCAGAAGUACUUCACCCCAGGCACUCUCAAACCUGCUGCUCACCUCAUUGGAGACCCCAGGACCCACACCUCGCUGCGCUGGAGAGCAAAUACAUACCAUGCCUUCCUCCGACAUGGCUUCUCUUUGAGCAACAAUUCCCUCCUGGUCCCCACAAGUGGCCUCUAUUUUGUCUACUCUCAAGUGGUCUUCUCUGGAGAAGGUUGCUCCUCCAAGGCUACCUCAACCCCUCUCUACUUGGCCCAUGAAGUCCAGCUCUACUCCUCCCAGUACCCCUCCCAUGUGCCUCUCCUCAGUACCCAGAAGUCUGUGUGUCCAGGACCACAGGGACCUUGGAUGCGCUCGAUGUACCAGGGAGCUGUGUUUCUGCUCACCCGGGGAGACCAGCUAUCCACUCACACAGCUGGCAUCUCCCACCUCCUCCUGAGCCCCAGUAGUGUCUUCUUUGGAGCCUUUGCUCUAUAG